AUGUCACCCAGAGCCCUCUAUCUGGUCGGGUCAGGUGUUACCUGUUCACGCGCUGCUCAGCGCCCAGUUCUCCUGAAGAUGGGCAGUGGGGAAAGCCGCCCUGGCAAGGUGUCUCUCUGCGGAGGUAUUGAAUAGAAUAGACCUUUGCAAAAUAAGUAGAUACAAUUUACACUUAAUUGUUUGAAAUGCGUGAAAAAAAAGAAAAAAAGAAUUAUAUAUAUAUAUAUAUAUAUAUAUAUAUAUAUAUAUAUAUAUAUAGUAGCCUAACUUGCUAUGUUGGGGAAAGAAAGAAAGACAGAUAAAUAAAGACCCGGUCUGUCACAGAACUCAUAGUAAGAUAGCGGGAACCAACUGUGCGCAGGAGCUGCAAGGUGCGCCACUAGUGCAGUAGCUACCUGUCUCAUGCAGGCAUGGUUCCAUGAUGCAGGUUAUUGGACAGCGUCUGUAGUCUCUGACCUAACAGCCAAUAUGUUGAACGAUUGUAUCAAUUUCAAUGUUGGAAUUUUUAAUUGCGUAUAGACUAAAUAUCAGCUGAAACAAAACAUGCCACCUAUUUUUGGAUUCAUUGCGUUAUUCUUAACUGUAAAUGCUAACAAAAUGGCUGAUUACUAAAGUUUAGGAUUGAUGAAAUCUGCUACAUGAUGAAAAUGCCCCAAUACAAUUGCCUACAUGCAGUAGGCUAUAAAGAGUAUUAAGUGGAUGACAGUUAUCCUGUCUGUCAAUAGGUUACAUGCAGUAGGUUAUAAAGAGUAUUAAGUGGAUGACAGUUAUCCUGUCUGUCAAUAGGUUACAUGCAGUAGGUUAUAAAGAGUAUUAAGUGGAUGACAGUUAUCCUGUCUGUCAAUAGGCUACAUGCAGUAGGUUAUAAAGAGUAUCAAGUGGAUGACAGUUAUCCUGUCUGUCAUUAUUGUCUGGGUGUGGCCCGAAUGGCACCUUAUUCACCAUAUAGUGCACUACUUUAGACCAGUUCCAUUUGAAUUGCAGCCCCAGUCAGUGGUCAGUCAAGAACGAGCGGUUGACAUUUUUGAACACCCUUAGCCAACCCGAGACGCCAAUAUAUAAGGGUAAGCUUACAGAAUGCGUCACAGCUGAAAUAAGGGUUGAGUUACAGGUUGCUUCCCAAAUGGCACCAUAUUCCAUAUGUAGUGCACUAAUGACCAGAGCCCAUGUUCAAAAGUUGUGCACAAGAAUAGGGUGCCAUUUGGGACGCAUCUACAGUAGCAGUGUUACAGCUGCAUUAGAGGGCUAUCUACAGUAGCAGUGUUACAGCUGCAUUAUAGGGCUAUCUACAGUAGCACUGUUACAGCUGUAUUAGAGGGCUAUCUACAGUAGAAGUGUUACAGCUGUAUUAGAGGGAUAUCUACAGUAGCAGUGUUACAGCUGUAUUAGAGGGCUAUCUACAGUAUCAGUGUUACAGCUGUAUUAGAGGGCUAUCUACAGUAGCAGUGUUACAGCUGUAUUAGAGGCUAUCUACAGUAGAGUGUUACAGCUGUAUUAGAGGCUAUCUACAGUAACAGUGUUACAGCUGUAUUAGAGGGCUAUCUACAGUAUCAGUGGUACAGCUGUUUUAGAGGGCUAUCUACAGUAGCAGUGUUACAGCUGUAUUAGAGGGCUAUCUACAGUAGCAGUGUUACAGCUGUAUUAGAGGGCUAUCUACAGUAGCAGUGUUACAGCUGUAUUAGAGGGCUAUCUACAGUAGCAGUGUUACAGCUGUAUUAGAGGACCAUCUACAGUAGCAGUGUUACAGCUGUAUUAGAGGACUAUCUACAGUAGCAGUGUUACAGCUUAUUAGAGGGCUAUCUACAGUAGCAGUGUUACAGCUGUAUUAGAGGGCAAACUACAGUAGCAGUGUUACAGCUGUAUUAGAGGGCUAUCUACAGUAGCAGUGUUACAGCUGUAUUAGAGGGCUAUCUACAGUAGCAGUGUUACAGCUGUAUUAGAGGGCUAUCUACAGUAGAAGUGUUACAGCUGUAUUAGAGGACCAUCUACAGUAACAGUGUUAAGGCUGUAUUAGAGGACUAUCUACAGUAGCAGUGUUACAGCUGUAUUAGAGGGCUAUCUACAGUAGCAGUGUUACAGCUGUAUUAGAGGACCAUCUACAGUAGCAGUGUUACAGCUGUAUUAGAGGACCAUCUACAGUAACAGUGUUACAGCUGUAUUAGAGGACUAUCUACAGUAGAAGUGUUACAGCUGUAUUAGAGGACCAUCUACAGUAGCAGUGUUACAGCUGUAUUAGAGGGCUAUCUACAGUAGCAGUGUUACAACUGUAUUAGAGGUGGCAAUCUGACUAUGAUACGAGUCUGACACUGAUGAUAUCUUGGCAAUAUAAGAAGUGUGAUGUAAGCACAUCGUCAUGUAUGAUCAGAGACUCAACUGAGAGGGAAAAGUACUAUCUUCUAUGACUAAGACAGGUUUACAGGAAACAGUACAGACACCUGUUUAGUCCUAAACCUCUAUGUUCUUGUGCUUUCUUGCCAACUCCUAUUUCCCUGUCUCGAUUGGCAUGACAACAACCAUAGGUGUUGGCAAGACAUCACAAACGUGAUCUGGAUCUUCAACCAGGCUAAUAUGGGACCAGAUCUGGAACCAGGCUAAUAUGGGAGUAGAUCUGGAACCAGGCUAAUAUGGGAGUAGAUCUGGAACCAGGCUAAUAUGGGACCAGAUCUGGAACCAGUCUAAUAUGGAAGUAGAUCUGGAACCAGUCUAAUAUGGGAGUAGAUCUGGAACCAGGCUAAUAUGGGACCAGAUCUGGAACCAGGCUAAUAUGGGAGUAGAUCUGGAACCAGGCUAAUAUGGGAGUAGAUCUGGAACCAGGCUAAUAUGGGAGUAGAUCUGGAACCAGGCUAAUAUGGGAGUAGAUCUGGAACCAGGCUAAUUUGGGACCAGAUCUGGAAGCAGGCUAAUAUGGGACCAGAUCUAUAACCAGGCUAAUAUGGGAGUAGAUCUGGAACCAGGCUAAUAUGGGACCAGAUCUGGAACCAGGCUAAUAUGGGACCAGAUCUGGAACCAGGUUAAUAUGGGACCAGAUCUGGAACCAGGCUAAUAUGGGACCAGAUCUGGAACCAGGCUAAUAUGGGACCAGAUCUGGAACCAGGCUAAUAAGGGACCAGAUCUGGAACCAGGCUAAUAUGGGACCAGAUCUGGAACCAGGCUAAUAUGGGACCAGAUCUGGAACCAGGCUAACAUGGGACCAGAUCUGGAACCAGGCUAAUAUGGGACCAGAUCUGGAACCAGGCUAAUUUGGGACCAGAUCUGGAACCAGGUUAAUAUGGGACCAGAUCUGGAACCAGGCUAAUAUGGGACCAGAUCUGGAACCAGGUUAAUAUGGGACCAGAUCUGGAACCAGGCUAAUAUGGGACCAGAUCUGGAACCAGGCUAAUAUGAGACCAGAUCUGGAACCAGGUUAAUAUGGGACCAGAUCUGGAACCAAGCUAAGUUGGGACCAGAUCUGGAACCAGGCCAAUUUGGGACCAGAUCUGGAACCAGGCUAAUAUGGGACGAGUUCUGGAACCAGGUUAAUAUGGGACCAGAUCUGGAACCAAGCUAAGUUGGGACCAGAUCUGGAACCAGGCCAAUUUGGGACCAGAUCUGGAACCAGGCUAAUAUGGGACCAGAUCUGGAACCAGGCUAAUAUGGGACCAGAUCUGUAACCAGGCUAAUAUGGGACCAGAUCUGGAACCAGGCUAAUAUGGGACUAGAUCUGGGACCAGGCUAAUUUGGGACCAGAUCUGGAACCAGGUUAAUAUGGGACCAGAUCUGGAACCAGGCUAAUAUGGGACCAGAUCUGUAACCAGGCUAAUAUGGGACCAGAUCUGGAACCAGGCUAAUAUGGGACCAGAUCUGGGACCAGGCUAAUUUGGGACCAGAUCUGGAACCAGGUUAAUAUGGGACCAGAUCUGGAACCAGGCUAAUAUGGGACCAGAUCUGGAACCAGGUUAAUAUGGGACCAGAUCUGGAACCAGGCUAAUAUGGGACCAGAUCUGGAACCAGGCUAAUAUGGGACCAGAUCUGGAACCAGGUUAAUAUGGGACCAGAUCUGGAACCAAGCUAAGUUGGGACCAGAUCUGGAACCAGGCCAAUUUGGGACCAGAUCUGGAACCAGGCUAAUAUGGGACGAGUUCUGGAACCAGGUUAAUAUGGGACCAGAUCUGGAACCAAGCUAAGUUGGGACCAGAUCUGGAACCAGGCCAAUUUGGGACCAGAUCUGGAACCAGGCUAAUAUGGGACCAGAUCUGGAACCAGGCUAAUAUGGGACCAGAUCUGGAACCAGGCUAAUAUGGGACCAGAUCUGGAACCAAGCUAAUAUGGGACCAGAUCUGGAACCAGCCAUCUAACCUGUUGAUAUCUAUCACUUUCUCUGACCCAGAGGCCCCUUUAGUCUGCGAUGAAGUGCAUUCAAGAAGAACUCUUGACAAAGUAUUGACUGACACCAUUUCACCUCGAUCACACUGACAGCGUCAAUGCGCAAAAUGGUACGCAGCAUCAUCUGGAACAUUCACAUUCUACUACCAUUUCUGUCAAGUCAUCUACACAUACCAUUUUUGAUGCAUAUGUUCGAUAAAUCCAACGUAUGCACCACACAGAACGUACUGCAACUGCCUCUGCAACGCAAUGCUGCAAGACAAACGUAGCGUUCCAUUUUGAAAUUAAUGUGCUUCUGGUGUACCAAAACGCAAUGAUGCUAUCGUUGUGAUCGAGGCGUUAGCCUACCAGAACUUUCACUAUCAGUUGUGAAAGAACAUGGAAUUAUUCAUGUACCUGUUCAAAUGUGUUCAACAUCUUACUGUGCAUUUAAAAAACAGCUCUUGACAAACUGUCUGUCAACUGUUCUUGACAAUGUAUUGACACCACCAGAGACCAGCAGAACUUUAUUAUCUGCUACAUUCUCUGACCCAGAGAGCCCUAGUCAGCUGUAGUCUGUCUAUGACUGUACCGUAUGUACCUGUUCAAGUGUGUUGUCCAAUCAAGUGCUUUUUAUCACCAGCUGUUGACAAAGUAUUGACACUACCAUGAACUGUUGAACCACCAGAGACUCCUAGUAAGGCCCCAGCAAGAGAGACCACCAGAACCAUUUAUGAACUGAGCUGUAAACUCUUUCUGACCCUCUAUCUGAUCCUCAGAGACCUCUAGUAUUGACAUUACUGUCUGUUCUCUCCUACCCCCAGAGACCUCUAGUAUUGACAAUACUGUCUGUUCUCUUCUACCCCCAGAGACCUCUAGUAUUGACAUUACUGUCUGUUCUCUUCUACCCCCAGAGACCUCUAGUAUUGACAUUACUGUCUGUUCUCUUCUACCCCCAGAGACCUCUGGUAUUGACAUUACUGUCUGUUCUCUCCUACCCCCAGAGACCUCUGGUAUUGACAUUACUGUCUGUUCUCUCCUACCCCCAGAGACCUCUAGUAUUGACAUUACUGUCUGUUCUCUCCUACCACCAGAGACCUCUAGUAUUGACAUUACUGUCUGUUCUCUCCUACCCCCAGAGACCUCUGGUAUUGACAUUACUGUCUGUUCUCUCCUACCCCCAGAGACCUCUGGUAUUGACAUUACUGUCUGUUCUCUCCUACCCCCAGAGACCUCUAGUAUUGACAUUACUGUCUGUUCUCUCCUACCCCCAGAGACCUCUGGUAUUGACAUUACUGUCUGUUCUCUCCUACCCCCAGAGACCUCUGGUAUUGACAUUACUGUCUGUUCUCUCCUACCCCCAGACACCUCUAGUAUUGACAUUACUGUCUGUUCUCUCCUACCCCCAGAGACCUCUGGUAUUGACAUUACUGUCUGUUCUCUCCUACCCCCAGAGACCUCUAGUAUUGACAUUACUGUCUGUUCUCUCCUACCCCCAGAGACCUCUAGUAUUGACAUUACUGUCUGUUCUCUCCUACCCCCAGACACCUCUAGUAAGGCCCCAGCGAGCCCUGCGGAGCCCAAGGGGAAGCGGCCCCCAGUGCUUGUGGAUGGGGUGACUCUGAACGGACCCACGCUGGACAUCCGGGAAGCAGAGAGCUUCCUCAGAGACGCCAUGCCCAUCAUCAUGGAGGAGGCCAUCUGGAAGGCGACUGACGUCAAGGAGAAGGUAAAGAUCUCUUUUCCAAUUCUUUCGCACACCAUGCACUUCCAGCCCCAGGAUGCAUAAAGGAAAAUUAGAUCUGUUGUGAAGUAUACCAGAAUAUCUGUAUGCUGGAGUUUCUUUUUCAAACAAUAGGAAAUGGACCUGUAUAAGUGUUUAUCAGGUAAAUGGCUACCCGGACUAUUUGCAUUGACGUUGCUGCUACUUGCUGUUUAUUAUCUAUGCAUAGUCACUUUAACCCUACCUACAUGUACAUAUUACCUCAUUUACCUGGACUAACCUGUACCCCGCACAUUGGCUCGGUACUGGUACCCCUGUAUAUAGCCUCGUUAUUGUUACUUUAUUGUUGCUCCUUUAUUUUUUACUUUAGUUUAUUUAGUAAAUAUUUUCUUAACUCUUAUUUUUCUUAAAACUCCAUUGUUGGUUAAAGGCUUGUAAGUAAGCAUUUCACGGUAAGGUCUACACCUGUUGUAUUCUGCGCAUGUGACAAGUAAAAUUUGAUUUGAUUUAUAUACUGUACAUGUUCUUUAUGGAUGGUGAAUAGGCCCAGGUAGUUUGUCUGACGUCAAGGAUAAGGUAACUAGCUGUCACGCCCUGACUCAAGGGACUCGUAUAUGUUGAGUCAGGGUGUGUAUGUUCUAUGUUGUAUAUUUCUAUGUUGAUGUUCUAGUAUGUCUAUUUCUAUGUUGGCCGGUGUGGAUCCCAAUCAGAGGCAGCUGUCGCUCGUUGUCUCUGAUUGGGGACCAUACUUAGGCAGCCUUUUGGCACUAGUUAGUUGUGGGAUCUUGUUCUGUGUGAGGUAUGUUGUUUGUCUACCUUGGACUUCACGUUUCGUUUCAUUUGUUGUUUUGUCGCUUGUUUAUUCAGAAUAAAUAAACAUGAAUGCAUAUCACGCUGCGCCUUGGUCCUUCUCGUUCGUCAACGAUCGUGACAGAAGAUCCCACCAAACGAGGACCAAGCAGCGUGUCCAGGAGCAGACAGCCUGGACCUGGGAGGAGAUCCUGGACGGUAAGGGAUCUUCAAGCCAGUGGUACGCGUCGCCAGCCCGGUCCGGCCUGUUCCUGUCCCUCGCACCAAGCCAGUGGUGCGCGUCGCCAGCCCGGCCCGGCCUGUUCCUGCCCCUCGCACCAAGCCAGUGGUGCGCGUCGCCAGCCCGGUCCGGCCUGUUCCUGCCCCUCGCACCAAGCCAGUGGUGCGCGUCGCCAGUCCGGCCCGUCCUGUUCCUGCACCUCGCACCAAGCCAGUGGUGCGCGUCGCCAGCCCGGCCCGGCCUGUUCCUGCCCCUCGCACCAAGCCAGUGGUGCGCGUCGCCGGCCCGGCCCGGCCUGUUCCUGCUCCUCGCACCAAGCCAGUGGUGUGUGUGUCCAGUCCGGCACGGCCCGUGCCUGUUCCACCGGUGCCUGGUCCGGCACCGGUCAGCUGCUCCACUCCGGAUCCAGAGCAGUCCGCUCCACCGGUGCCCAGUUCAGCUCCGGUCAGCUGCUCCACUCCGGAGCCAGAGCAAUCCGCUCCACCGGGGUCCAGUCCAGCUCCGGUCAGCGGCUCCACUCCGGAGCCAGAGCAGUCCGCUCCACCGGUGCCUGAUCCAGCUCCGGUCAGCGGCUCCACUCCGGAGCCAGAGCAGUUCGCUCCACCGUCGUCGGGUCCAGCUCCAGUCAGCGGCUCCAGUUCAGACCCAGACAUCAGCCCCUCUCCAGGUUCGGGGUCUCCCACACCAGGGUCCAGACAGGGCUUGGUACUUCGUGGGAGGAAGGCGAGGGGAAGCAGCGCGCCGAGGUCCAGACCAGACCAGGGGCGCAACAGGGAGGCGGAGAGUAAGUGGUCGUCACGCCUUGAGCCGGAUCCGCCUCCGAGGCGGAAUGCCCACCCGGCCCCUACCCUGUUAUGUUUAUGUGGCGCGGUCGGAGUCCGCACCUUUGGGGGGGGGUACUGUCACGCCCUGACUCAAGAGACUCGUAUAUGUUGAGUCAGGGUGUGUAUGUUCUAUGUUGUAUAUUUCUAUGUUGAUGUUCUAGUAUGUCUAUUUCUAUGUUGGCCGGUGUGGAUCCCAAUCAGAGGCAGCUGUCGCUCGUUGUCUCUGAUUGGGGACCAUACUUAGGCAGCCUUUUGGCACUAGUUAGUUGUGGGAUCUUGUUCCGUGUGAGGUAUGUUGUUUGUCUACCUUGGACUUCACGUUUCGUUUCAUUUGUUGUUUUGUCGCUUGUUUAUUCAGAAUAAAUAAACAUGAAUGCAUAUCACGCUGCGCCUUGGUCCUUCUCGUUCGUCAACGAUCGUGACAGAAGAUCCCACCAAAUGAGGACCAAGCAGCGUGUCCAGGAGCAGACAGCCUGGACCUGGGAGGAGAUCCUGGACGGUAAGGGAUCUUCAAGCCAGUGGUGCGCGUCGCCAGCCCGGUCCGGCCUGUUCCUGUCCCUCGCACCAAGCCAGUGGUGCGCGUUGCCAGCCCGGCCCGGCCUGUUCCUGCCCCUCGCACCAAGCCAGUGGUGCGCGUCGCCAGCCCGGUCCGGCCUGUUCCUGCCCCUCGCACCAAGCCAGUGGUGCGCGUCGCCAGUCCGGCCCGUCCUGUUCCUGCUCCUCGCACCAAGCCAGUGGUGCGCGUCGCCAGCCCGGCCCGGCCUGUUCCUGCCCCUCGCACCAAGCCAGUGGUGCGCGUCGCCAGUCCGGCCCGUCCUGUUCCUGCUCCUCGCACCAAGCCAGUGGUGCGCGUCGCCAGCCCGGCCCGGCCUGUUCCUGCCCCUCGCACCAAGCCAGUGGUGCGCGUCGCCAGCCCGGCCCGGCCUGUUCCUGCCCCUCGCACCAAGCCAGUGGUGUGUGUGUCCAGUCCGGCCCGUGCCUGUUCCACCGGUGCCUGGUCCGGCACCGGUCAGCUGCUCCACUCCGGAUCCAGAGCAGUCCGCUCCACCGGUGCCCAGUUCAGCUCCGGUUAGCUGCUCCACUCCGGAGCCAGAGCAAUCCGCUCCACCGGGGUCCAGUCCAGCUCCGGUCAGCGGCUCCACUCCGGAGCCAGAGCAGUCCGCUCCACCGGUGCCUGAUCCAGCUCCGGUCAGCGGCUCCACUCCGGAGCCAGAGCAGUUCGCUCCACCGUCGUCGGGUCCAGCUCCAGUCAGCGGCUCCAGUUCAGACCCAGACGUCAGCGCCUCUCCAGGUUCGGGGUCUCCCACACCAGGGUCCAGACAGGGCUUGGUACUUCGUGGGAGGAAGGCGAGGGGAAGCAGCGUGCCGAGGUCCAGACCAGACCAGGGGCGCAACAGGGAGGCGGAGAGUAAGUGGUCGUCACGCCCUGAGCUGGAUCUGCCUCCGAGGCGGAAUGCCCACCCGGCCCCUACCCUGUUAUGUUUAUGUGGCGCGGUCGGAGUCCGCACCUUUGGGGGGGGGUACUGUCACGCCCUGACUCAAGAGACUCGUAUAUGUUGAGUCAGGGUGUGUAUGUUCUAUGUUGUAUAUUUCUAUGUUGAUGUUCUAGUAUGUCUAUUUCUAUGUUGGCCGGUGUGGAUCCCAAUCAGAGGCAGCUGUCGCUCGUUGUCUCUGAUUGGGGACCAUACUUAGGCAGCCUUUUGGCACUAGUUAGUUGUGGGAUCUUGUUCCGUGUGAGGUAUGUUGUUUGUCUACCUUGGACUUCACGUUUCGUUUCAUUUGUUGUUUUGUCGCUUGUUUAUUCAGUAUAAAUAAACAUGAAUGCAUAUCACGCUGCGCCUUGGUCCUUCUCGUUCGUCAACGAUCGUGACACUAGCUAGCCAGUUAGCCCUAUUGACUUACUAUGGGCUUGCGAUCUCCACACUACAGUGGGUAUUGUAGGUAGGUAAACAUGCCAAAAUUAAUACAGCAUGUAUUCAUUAAACGUAACAAGAUAAAAUAUUGUAGUCAGGCAACAUAUGAGAUGUGAAUAGGCAACAUUUCAUUCCAAAGUCGGAGUGUAUUUUCUCUCGCUUCAGCUCAGAUAAUGGCCGCCAUUGAUUUCAAGUAAUGUUGCGUAAUUUUUAACGUGGUUGCAUCAUAUUUCUGUGGAUACUUUCCAUUGAAGCUUGCAUCAAUGCAUGCUUCUAAAUAUGUACAAACGGAGUACGCAUUCGAGAAGUGCCCUCCGUGCUCCGUUUUACAAACUUUGAUUUGGACUCAUACUCCGACCCUCCCGUGCGCUAAUUUGCGUGCUCGGAGCAUGGUGGUAUGCAUUUUGGGAAACACCCAAAGUCUAUUUCCUUCUCUCCCAUAUAACAGGUGUGCGAGUGGCGUUCUCCGGAGCAGCUGAAGGACCUAUUAGACCUGGAGCUGAGGGAAGGAGGCGAGGCACACCCCCAGAUACUGCAGCGCUGUCGGGAUGCCAUCCGAUACAGUGUCAAGACCGGUAAGGACCCAGCUCAACCCUGACUUAAACUCUAACCCCCAGACCUCAGCCAAACCCUGACUCAAAACCCCCAUCCAAACCCUGACUUUCAAAACCCUGACUCUUUAAAAGAUACCACUGAACUUCAUCCCUAACCCUCUAACUCUCCAGCCCAGAGUCUCUCUCUCGCCAUACGAUACAGUGUCAAGACUGGUAGGAAACAGCUCAACCCUAACCCCCAUGCAGCCAAUCCCUAACCUUCAAAACCCCCAGCCAAACCACAAAUUUAAAACCCCUGUCAACCAGGUCUGUCAACCAACUAACCUUCAAACUCUCCAGCCCAGACUCCCUCAACCCUCCCAGUCAGCUACCAUUACAUAAUUAACUAGCUAGACCCUAGUUAGCCACCCUCACUGUACUGCACUCACGCUAGCUACUGGAUAAUACAGGCUAUAGCCAUAUCAUGGGCUUUAUAGGCCCUAAUGUAGCUACAUGGUAGGUUACAGUUAGCUAACCCAUUAGGGUAGGGUUACAGUUCGGACCACCAUUAGGUAGUUACAAUGUAGCUACCUUAGGUAGGGUUCAAGUUGCUCAUUGGGUAGGGUUACAGUUAGCUACCAUUAAGGUAGGUAAAGUUACUACAUUAGGGUAGGUUAAAGUAGCUACAGUAGGUUAAGUUAGCUACCAUUAGGGUAGGUUUAAUAUUAGCUACCAUUAGGGUAGGGUUAAUGUUAGCUACCAUUAGGGUAGGGUUACAGUUAGCUACCAUUAGGGUAUGGUUAAUGUUAGCUACCAUUAGGGUAGGGUUACUGUACUAAAUGACCCUUACAGUCAUGUGUGCAUACAUUUUACAUAUGGGUGGCCCUGGGAAUCGAACCCACAAUCCUCCCAAUCAAACUCUCCAGCCCAGACUCCCUCAACCCUCCCAGUCAGCUACCAUUACAUAAUUAACUAGCUAGACCCUAGUUAGCCACCCUCACUGUACUGCACUCACGCUAGCUACUGGAUAAUACAGGCUAUAGCCAUAUCAUGGCUAACUAGGCCCUAAUGUUAGCUACCAAUAGGGUAGGGUUACAGUUAGCUACCAUUAGGGUAGGGUUAAUGUUAGCUACCAUUAGGGUAGGGUUAAUGUUAGCUACCAUUAGGGUAGGGUUAAAGUUAGCUACCAUUAGGGUAGGGUUAAAGUUAGCUACCAUUAGGGUAGGGUUAAAGUUAGCUACCAGUAGGGUUAAAGUUAGCUACCAUUAAGGUAGGGUUAAAGUUAGCUACCAUUAAGGUAGGGUUAAAGUUAGCUACCAUUAGGGUAGGGUUAAAGUUAGCUACCAUUAGGGUAGGGUUAAAGUUAGCUAACAUUAGGGUAGGGUUAAUGUUAGCUACCAUUAGGGUAGGGUUACUGUACUAAAUGACCCUUACAGUCAUGCGUGCAUACAUUUUACAUAUGGGUGGCCCUGGGAAUCGAACCCACAAUCCUGCCGUUGGAAAGCACCAUGCUCUACCAACUGUACUCACGCUAGCUACACUAACCGAUAUCCUAUCCAAGCUAGGUUGUAAACCAUCAAGCUAGCGACAGUAGCUCCCACCCUUCCCCCAGCGCUGUCCUAUCCAAGCUAGGUUGUAAACCAUCAAGCUAGCGACAGUAGCUCCCACCCUUCCCCUAGCGCUGUCCUAUCCAAGCUAGGUUGUAAACCAUCAAGCUAGCGACAGCAGCUCCCACCCUUCCCCCAGCGCUGUCCUAUCCAAGCUAGGAUGUAAACCAUCAAGCUAGCGACAGUAGCCCAUCCUUAAUAACCCUCCCAGCCCCUUAAACCUCCCAGCCCUUGACAUCUGAGCUGCUGUGUCCUGCACCCAGUGACCCCCACCUUGCCUGGUCCAGCCAGACCCCAAAUACGAUAUGAUGUACUUUAUAUAGAAACAGUGGCACAGCAAACAGGGCUAGCUGGCACACUCCGCGUCUCACGUAUCAAUUUAUGUGUCAGAAAUAGCAGUCGGUCGGGAAUAGACUGAGAAAUGUUGGUUAGUGCCAGUGGAUGCAGCAUAGUGCACGUUAAGCAUCUCUGUUUACAUAUGUGACCGAUAGGAGUUUGAAUCCCAGGUUCUGCUGUGAAUCCACAAGACUUUGCUAGCCUGUCGAGCUAAAGCCUUUACAGAUGUACGAUCUUAAUUUGAUCACUCUUUUGUUGCUGAGAAUCAUUCUGCACCGCAGAAAUGCAGAUGAGCUUCAUGAUUUACAUAAAUUCAGUGAAAACCCACACUAACACACGUUAUAUUAACAUUAUUCCACUUUUCAUGUAGCCUAACUUUGGCUAGCUAAAAGCCUAACCACCGAUCAAAUCCUGUUGCUGCAGGCAUAUUUUGCUGCGACAAUACUGGUCAAAUGAAGAUCUGACAUCUGUAGGUUCUGAUUAGGGUUGCAAAAUUCCGGUAACUUUUCCAGAAAUCCUGGUUGGAGUAUCUGGAUUUCUUGCUUAUUCUCUCCUGAUCCUGGGAAUCUUCCGACCAGGAUUUCUGAAAAACCUGGAAACUUUGGGAAAGUUACCAGAAUUUUGCAACUCUACUUCUGAUUGUAUCAAACCAUGUGUGUUUGUAUGUGCAGGUCAUCCUCACUUCUUCAACCAGCUCUAUGCAGGCAUGGACCCUUAUUCACUAGUGGGCCGAUUCAUCACGGAAGCCAUCAACCCCAGUCUGUGAGUAUUACAUCCUACCUACAUUCUACCAUACCAUCCUACCAUCUCAUAUGAUCUGAGUGUCUGUCAACAUGUACUCAUACUCACUGUAUAACUGUGCCAGACAAAGUGAGAUCUCUUGAGAUUUUGGAUGUGGGUUUUAUGAUUACUGAAAAGAUAUCAAUGACAACUAUUCUGCUAUUAAUUUCAGAACUGUCUGCAGCUAGUUCUUGAUUAUUGAUUGGAUAGUAAUUUGUCUAGCUCAGGUGAGUCCAGGUGAGUCAUUGACUGGACGUGUUGUUUGGCUUGGCAGGUACACAUACGAGGUGGCUCCUGUGUUCCUACUGACAGAGGAGGCGGUACUGAAGAAGAUGAUUGAGAUCAUUGGAUGGCAGGAGGGAGGGGACGGCAUCUUCAGCCCAGGUAUGGAAACCACACAGACGGACUUCUUCUUCUUCUUCUUCUUCUUUUCUUCUUCUUCUUCGAUUGUCUGUGUGUUCUCCAGGUGGCUCUGUGUCCAACAUGUAUGCUGUGAACGUGGCCAGGUACCACCACUGUCCUGAUGUCAAGGAGCUGGGUCUGUCUGCCUUGCCUAGACUGGUCAUGUUUACAUCUCAGGAGGUAGACAGACACGCAAACACACACACACAAGGCAGGCCAACACCUGUUAUUUUUAUAACACCAUACAAAGCGACCGUUAUGCAGCAUACCCUAUGCUUAAUGUGACAGGUUGAUAAUGUGAGGGUUUGAGUGUACAUGAUGUGAAUCAGCACCUGUUGGUACCUUUCAAGAACAUCUGAAAGAGUCAAUAUGCCUAGGUAUUACAUCUGCCAAAUGAUUCCAUUCACAAGCACUACCCAGUCCUAGGCUGCUCCAUUUCAGGAGUCUGUAGGUGUGACAUCUACUCAUAGUGGGUGUGGGUGUCUGCUCAGCUCUUGAUGAUAACGUAUCACAACAACCACACAGCUAUCAGGGAGUUUCUCAAUUCCAGCUGUUGCUCUGAAAGCUAUUGACUAAAUGGCUUUAUAUUCCCUGUGUGUGUAGUAGUAUAAUCACCAUGCAUAUUAUAAUCCAUGUGUGUGUAGUAGUAUAAUCACCAUACAUAUUAUAAUCCCUGUGUAUGUAGUACUAUAAACAUGAUACGUAUUAUAAUCCCUGUGUGUGUAGUACUAUAAACGCCAUACGUAUUAUAAUCCCUGUGUGUGUAGUAGUAUAAUUACCAUACGUAUUAUAAUCCCUGUAUGUAGAACUAUAAACACCAUACGUAUUAUAAUCCCUGUGUGUGUAGUACUAUAAACACCAUACGUAUUAUAAUCCCUGUGUGUGUAGAACUAUAAACACCAUACGUAUUAUAAUCCCUGUGUGUGUAGUACUAUAAACACUAUACGUAUUAUAAUCCCUGUGUGUGUAGUACUAUAAACACCAUACGUAUAAUAAUCCCUGUGUGUAGAACUAUAAACACCAUACGUUUUAUAAUCCCUGUGUGUGUAGUACUAUAAACACCAUACGUUUUAUAAUCCCUGUGUGUGUGUGUAGUACUAUAAACACUGUACGUAUUAUAAUCCCUGUGUGUGUGUAGUACUAUAAUCACCAUAUGUAUUAUAAUCCCUGUGUGUAUUACUAUAAUCAUCAUACGUAUUAUAAUCCCUGUGUGUGUAGCACCUUAUUCUGGAUCCUGUCCAGACGGGUCAUUUUGUGGAUUAACCAGUUCUCCCUCAGUGACACUUUUCUCUCAUUGCUAUUUUCAGUGUCAUUACUCUGUUGCCAAAGCAGCAGCUUUCCUGGGGAUUGGCACCAACAAUGUUUAUGUGAUCCCGUCAGAUAAGAGGUAUGCUGGUUACUGCUGGUUACUGCUGGUUACUGCUGGUUACUGCUGGUUACUGCUACAGUUACACGGUUACUGCUGGUUACUGCUACAGUUACACGGUUACUGCUGGUUACUGCUACAGUUACACGGUUACUGCUGGAUACUGCUGGUUACUGCUACAGUUACAUGGUUACUUCCACCGUCCACACCACACCAAACUACACGCUUCUGUUGUCACUGUUCACAAUGACUGACCGGCGUCACUAUGACGCCUGGCGCUUACUAAUCCUUCUUCCUCUUUCUUUCUAUGUUGUUGUUUCGCAGAGGGAAGAUGAUUCCAGCUGAGUUUGAGAAACAAGUACAGAGAGCCAAAUAUGAGGUGAGAAGGAGAACUAUGAAUGGAGUCAGCAGGGUUGUUUGGUGUCAGAUAUAUUAUGUAACAUAUUCUCUCCAUAUUAUGGGAACUGCUGUUGAAUAUAGACAUGGUUAGGGUUAGGGAAUUGCUGUUGAAUAUAGACAUGGUUAGGGUUAGGGAACUGCUGUUGAAUAUACCCAUGGUAAGGGUUAAGGAACUGCUGUUGAAUAUACCCAUGGUUAGGGGUAGGGAACUGCUGUUGAAUAUAACCAUGGUUAGGGUUAGGGAACUGCUGUUGAAUAUACCCAUGGUUAGGGUUAGGGAAUUGCUGUUGAAUAUAGACAUGGUUAGGGUUAGGGAACUGCUGUUGAAUAUACCCAUGGUAAGGGUUAAGGAACUGCUGUUGAAUAUACCCAUGGUUAGGGUUAGGGAACUGCUGUUGAAUAUAACCAUGGUUAGGGUUAAGGAACUGCUGUUGAAUAUACCCAUGGUUAGGGUUAGGGAACUGCUGUUGAAUAUACCCAUGGUUAGGGUUAGGGAACUGCUGUUGAAUAUACCCAUGGUUAGGGUUAGGGAACUACUGUUGAAUAUACUAAUGGUUAAGGUUAGGGAACUACUGUUUAAUAUACCCAUGGUUAGGGUUAGGGAACUGCUGUUGAAUAUACCCAUGGUUAGGGUUAGGGUUAUUUGGGUUUUAGAGUGACCCAAAUAUGUUGUGUGUAGUGGUAGUAACCAUGGUGUUGUAGUAACAUUAUAUUUUUGUCCUCUGAUGAUGGUGUGGAGUAUUAAUGCCUAGGGUGUUGGAGUAACAUUAUUAUAUUGUUGUCCUCUGAUGGUGUGUAGUAUUAAUGACCAGGGUGUUGGAGUAACGUUAUAUUGUUGUCCUCUGAUGAUAGUGUGUAGUAUUAAUGACCAGGGUGUUGGAGUAACAUUAUAUUGUUGUCCUCUGAUGAUGGUGUGUAGUAUUAAUGACCAGGGUGUUGGAGUAACAUUAUAUUGUUGUCCUCUGAUGAUGGUGUGGAGUAUUAAUGCCUAGGGUGUUGGAGUAACAUUAUUAUAUUGUUGUCCUCUGAUGGUGUGUAGUAUUAAUGACCAGGGUGUUGGAGUAACGUUAUAUUGUUGUCCUCUGAUGAUGGUGUGUAGUAUUAAUGACCAGGGUGUUGGAGUAACAUUAUAUUGUUGUCCUCUGAUGAUGGUGUGGAGUAUUAAUGCCUAGGGUGUUGGAGUAACAUUAUAUUGUUGUCCUCUGAUGGUGGUGUGUAGUAUUAGACCAGGGUGUUGGAGUAACAUUAUAUUGUUGUCCUCUGAUGAUGGUGUGUAGUAUUAAUGACCAGGGUGUUGGAGUAACAUUAUAUUGUUGUCCUCUGAUGAUGGUGUGUAGUAUUAAUGAUCAGGGUGUUGGAGUAACAUGAUAUUGUUGUCCUCUGAUGGUGUGUAGUAUUAAUGACCAGGGUGUUGGAGUAACAUUAUAUUGUUGUCCUCUGAUGAUGGUGUGUAGUAUUAAUGACCAGGGUGUUGGAGUAACAUUAUAUUGUUGUCCUCUGAUGAUGGUGUGUAGUAUUAAUGACCAGGGUGUUGGAGUAACAUUAUAUUGUUGUCCUCUGAUGAUGGUGUGUAGUAUUAAUGAUCAGGGUGUUGGAGUAACAUGAUAUUGUUGUCCUCUGAUGGUGUGUAGUAUUAAUGACCAGGGUGUUGGAGUAACAUUAUAUUGUUGUCCUCUGAUGAUGGUGUGUAGUAUUAAUGAUCAGGGUGUUGGAGUAACAUGAUAUUGUUGUCCUCUGAUGGUGUGUAGUAUUAAUGACCAGGGUGUUGGAGUAACAUUAUAUUGUUGUCCUCUGAUGAUGGUGUGUAGUAUUAAUGACCAGGGUGUUGGAGUAACAUUAUAUUGUUGUCCUCUGAUGAUGGUGUGUAGUAUUAAUGACCAGGGUGUUGGAGUAACAUUAUAUUGUUGUCCUCUGAUGAUGGUGUGUAGUAUUAAUGACCAAGGUGUUGGAGUAACAUUAUAUUGUUGUCCUCUGAUGGUGUGUAGUAUUAAUGACCAGGGUGUUGGAGUAACAUUAUAUUGUUGUCCUCUGAUGAUGGUGUGUAGUAUUAAUGACCAGGGUGUUGGAGUAACAUCCCACUGGGCACACACAUCAAUUCAACAUCUAUUCCAUGUCGGUUUAAUGUAAUUUCAUUGAUAUGACGUGGAAACAACGUUGAUUCAACCAGUGUGUGCCCAGUGGGACUAUAUUGUUUUCCUGAUGGCUUGUUGUUGUUGUUGUCGACAGGGAGCGUUGCCCUUCAUGGUGAACGCCACAGCAGGAACCACCGUACUAGGGGCCUUCGACCCGCUGGAGGAGAUAGCUGACAUCUGUGAACGACACAAUCUAUGGAUGCACGUAGAUGUAAGUGGAUCUUAAUUAAAGCUCAUUCUUUCAUUCAUUCAUUUAUCGAUUUAUCGAUCCAUCAAUCCAUUUGUCCAUAGUUCAUUAGUUUGUUUGUUCCAUUAAUCAUUCACUCAAUCACACUCUUCUCUGUCUGUUUGUCUGUCUGUUGUCUGUCCGUCCUGUAGGCAUGUUGGGGAGGAGGAGCCUUGAUGUCUAAGAAACACAGAUACCUGCUACAGGGCAUCCAC